AUGACCUCCCUCCGCAGCUACCUCGCCCCAGCAGCCCUCUACGCGGCCCUGCUGCCCUCCGUGUCUGCCAACUUCGGCAACAGCUUCUACCUCGGGCCGUGGGACGGCGACGCCUACAUCACCAAGGCGACGUACUCGCUGACCGCCCCGGCCGUCAUCCAGGACUACGACACGAGCGACACGUCCCUGUGGGUCGCCAUCUGGAUCGGCGUGCAGCCCAAUGUUGCCGACGUUUCCCAGGCCAAUCUUGUCCAGCCCCUGCUCAACUGGUGCGCUGACCAGACGUCGUGCGGCUGCGACGCCAGCGCCACCGAGUGGUGCGUGACUGCGAGCACGUACACCCCCGAGGGCCAAACUGGAAAUGCCUAUGUUGCUGUGCCGGCCGAUGCGAAGCUGGACUUUGAGAUUGCUGUCAACGCGGACACCAAGAAGAUCGACCAGACGGUGACUCUGAACGGCAAGGUGGUCUCCCAGCUCUCUGACUCCCAAGGAAUGAAGCCCCAGAUCAUCUACAGCGCCAACGAGUGCUCCACGAGCGGGUGCGGCACCCUGCCCGACUUCAGCUGGGACAAUGUCACCAUCACCCUCAGCGAGGCCAAGAGUGACUUCGGCACCCUCAUCUCCUAUAACGGCGCCUCCUCCGACGGCCUCAAGACCACAGACGGCGGUAUCACCUGGCACGCCGACUCUAUCUCCAUGGGCAAGGACACCGACUGGAGCAUCGACCCCAGCCAAUGCAAGCCUGUCUCGGCACAGCAUCAAGCCACUGAGAACCGUAUGAACGAGAAGGAGAUGAGGUGCCUCGAAGAGGCGGCUGCGAAAUACGGCGACGAACCUUGUUUCAUCCCCAUCUUGGUUGAGAAUCGAUACGCCCCCCCUCCCCCGGACGACCUGAGCUAA